CAGCUCCUCGUCUCGAGCUUCAACGGAGGUGGAAUCAUCAGAUUCUGUCCAUCUCUUCUUCGGCUCGCAGUAGCGUGUCGGGAUAACGAAACACGGGGAUUAACGAUAUAGUGCGUGGCCACGCGUCGUCCACUUGCCGUCCACUCGCCGUCCACUUGCCGCCGUCGUCUCUCGUAUCCUCUGCGUCGAGCAUCCCUCUCGCUUUCCCUUUCUCUCUCUCUCCCUCUCCCGCUUCCCCACCAUCCCUUCCACCGAUUUCGAUCUCGAUUCAUCCCCUUUCGGACAUUGCGCGAUUCCUCUCCUCUCCUUUCCUUUCCUUCGCUUCUUUUCUCAUCGCUUUCGGCUCUUCUCACCCCUUUUGUUCGGCCCUCUUCGUCUCGGCCACGGUUCCCAGUGGAUCGGUAAUUCGAGGAAGCAUCGGUAAGCCGGCUACUCGGCCGUUCCUUUUGGUAUCGGCGCCGUGUGCGCGCAGCUCGGUGGUGUGUCGGCGACGCUCGUCGACGGGUAACGACGCGACGACGCGGCCACGGGAAGUUUGCUGUUCCGGCUGUUUGCACGAACGAAACGAAACGAAACGAAACGAAACGAAACGAUAGCCGCGGUGGUACGCGACCGACGGUCUGACAGAGAGAAAGAGAGAGAGGGAGAGAUACGGAGAGAAAAAGAGACGGAAGAAGAGCAACGGUGGAAGAGGAACACCACAAACGCCAAAGGAGGGGGAUGCGUGCGUGGGAGGAGUAAGAGAUCCCGGAGGGCGACUUUUCUUUUAUUUGAGCUUGACACUUCGUUGUGAACGCGUGCACACACCGGAAGUACCGCGUACACCAUCGCAUCGGUCUUCUCCUUUCUUCGCGAGAAGGUACGGGACGACGUCCGUGGGCCGACGACACCGGUCGCGGACCAGAAACGGGGGAAACGCGACGGCCGGACGCGAAGGGUUGCAAACGCGUUCGACAGAAUGCCGCGGAAGCUGAGAACCGAAGCGGCGAACAAGGAUGCCUCAUCGAAACGCGUUCUCGUGGUCGGACGUGGAUAAAAUCUGCCUCGUGUCUCUUCACUCGGACUCGGAAGUGUUCUUUCCUCACGUGGGAUGUGGAAUGUCCACGGGACACGCGCAUCGCGGAGAAAGGGGUUGCGGGGACACGUUUGGUAACCAUUUCGACAAACUGAUGUGACAACUGAACCGGUGUCAGUGAAGUAACCUCGUAGAACGACGUAGAAUCUUCCGACGAAGAGUACCGACAGUAUUUUCAUCUCCAAAGAAGAGCGCGCAAGAGGCUAUAAUCCUUGCGGCAGAAGGGAACUUCCGGUAGCAGGGUGAAGAAAGGUGGCUGAUAGUAUCCAGGGCGGUCGGUCGACGAACCGUUCGAUCGUCAUCGAGGAUAUUGUCCCGGGGUAGUUUUUCGGUGCGACCCCUCGAAGCGACGAAACUGGAAGCUCUCGAAUCGUACGGAACGUCAAAGCAGAAGCGCCGGUGCCCGGGGCGAGGAGGAGUCCUCGACGCGUGCCAGACUGCUGAUCACAGGCACCGCGCCAGUGACGGGAGAGGAAGAGAGUGGUAGGUGUGGGAUUCGAAAGAAAGAAAAGAAAAAAAAAACACACAACAGGAGAAAAGAAAGGAAAACGUGCGGAGGAACAGCGUACAGAGAGAAAGAAAGAGAAACGAGGCACGCCGGUCUCUCGAGCGAGGGGUCCUUCCGUUCGGGUGCUAGGGGUGUGCAGCCUUGGACGAGGGGUCGCACUCGACUCUUUUUAAAGCGGGCAAACCGCGCUAAAGAAUAAGAGACGUCCUCGGGGCGAUGACAGGAUGCCUCCUUCUCGAUCAGGACGCGUCUACGAAGGACCACCGUCUAGGAUCGCCAUCAGAAUCGGACCUACAAUCGCCCUAUUGCUGAUUCUCUUGGAGAAUCGUCGCGCGACCUGCUUAAUGAGCAACUCCGUGGACGAUUGGGUGAGCGGCAAUGCCGUGGUGUGCAACGGUAUACCAGGCCUGACGAAGGAGCAACGCGAGCUCUGCCACAGGAAUCCGGACGUGACGGUGGCUGCGAUUAAAGGUCUGCAAAUAGCGAUAUCCGAAUGUCAGCAUCAAUUCAUGUGGCACAGGUGGAACUGUUCGUCCCUUACGCCAAGCAGUAGAACUCAACAGAGCAGCGUUCUUCUUCAGAGAGGUUACAGGGAAACAGCGUUCGCGUUCGCGAUCUCAGCAGCCGGGGUGGCCCACAGCGUGGCACGAGCGUGCAGCAUGGGACGACUGCUCUCCUGCGGAUGCGACCCGUCCAGCUACAAGGGUAAACCUCCUGCCAAGGCAAGGGGCACGCAAUGGAAAUGGGGCGGCUGUUCUCACAACCUCGACUACGGCAUGGAGUUCUCGAGACAGUUCCUAGACACGCGCGAGAGGGUCGGGGAUAUACAGUCGACGGUCAAUCUCCACAACAAUCAGGCUGGUCGCUUGGCGGUGGCGAGCAACAUGCAGGUGCGCUGCAAGUGUCACGGCAUGUCCGGCUCCUGCGAGCUGAAGACCUGCUGGAAGGUGGCGCCUGACUUCCGACUGGUCGGGAAAACGUUGAAGGUUCGUUUCCGAAACGCCGUGUUAGUGGCGCAGAGCAACCUCGGCAGCGUAACGCCGCUGACGCGGGUGAGGGGCUCGCGAAGAAGAAGGCCGGAUCGACAGAGGCAGAGGAAACAUCGCGGUGGAGGGCGGAAGCGAAGGCCUCGCGAUCUCGCUAAACAGCUGUUCUAUUACCAAAAAUCGCCGAAUUUCUGCGAAAGGGAUCCUACCGCGGACAUUCCUGGCACCGCUGGUCGCAGGUGCAACAAGACCAGUUCCGGUGGCGACGGAUGCGGCAGCUUGUGCUGCGGCAGAGGGUACAACGUGGUCAGACAACGACGCGUCGAGAUGUGCAGAUGCAAAUUUCACUGGUGUUGCUACGUGCAGUGUCAAAAUUGCACGGUAGAAGAGUGGAUCACCGUUUGCAAGUGAACAAAUUCGGAACAAUUCGGGGCACAUCGAACGUUUCUCUUUGUUCUUUGUAACACCGGAGAAGAUUGGUAAAAAAAA